ACCCCCACGAACUCCUCCUCCUCCUCCGUCGUCGUCGUCGUCGUCGUCUUCUUCGCUUCUCUUAUUCCAUCGGUUCUUGCCCGGACCGAUCGGAGAAGAAGUUGCGGAGUUGGCGGUUCUCCGUGCCCUCUGUUCCUGAUCCGGGGGAGGGCCGGAGGUGGUGAGGGUGGGGGGGCGACGAUGAGGAGAUCGGCGAACCUCGAGGCGGUGGUUUCGCUCGGUCGGAAGUGGCCUCUGCAGGUUCUCCUCGUCCUUGCCCUCCUCUACGGCGCGCUCGUCUUCUUCUUCGAGUACCCGUUCCUCUCCUACCGGAUCCCCUCCCCUUCCUCCGCCUACGCCGCUUCCGGGCUCCUCGGCGGCGAUGCCUUUAGCCUCCCCCUCAAUCUCGGCGCCGAGGUCCGGCCCGCUCCCCUCCGCCCUUCCCGGCGCGCGCGCCUUCUCCACAAUUCCGCCAGCGGCCCCGCCGGCCCUCGCCUCCCCUCCGACCCACGACGGAUGAUGUCCGCUUCGGGGCUCGAUUUCCGGGUCCUCAACGUCACCGCGGUCGGCGGCCGGCCGUUCUCAGGGCUUCACAAGGCCGCGAAGGACGCGUGGGAGGUGGGCCGGAAGAUGCUGGAGGAGCUAAAAACUGUUCCUCUGGCGGACCUAGCGACGACGAAGGACGAGAACCGGACGGAGGAUAACUGUCCGCACUCGAUCAUCCUUUCUGGGGAGAAGUUCCUUGAGCGGGGGAGGUUGAUGGUGCUACCCUGUGGGCUGACGUUGGGGUCGCACAUCACCCUGGUUGCGAAGCCGUACAAGGCCCACCCAGAAUACGACCCCAAGAUCACGGCCUUGAGCGAAGGGAAGAAGGAGAUCAUGGUCUCUCAGUUUAUGAUGGAGCUGCUGGGAAUCAAGACGGUGGACGGGGAGGACCCGCCGAGGAUACUGCAUUUCAACCCCCGGUUGAAGGGGGAUUGGAGUGGGAAGCCUGUGAUCGAGCAGAACACGUGCUACCGCAUGCAGUGGGGAAAGUCCCAACGUUGCGAGGGUUGGACGUCCAUGGCUAACGAGGAAUCCGUUGAUGGGCUACUGAAGUGUGAAAAGUGGAUCCGUGAUGAUGACAAUGGGAUGGAAGAGUCAAAGGCAACAUGGUGGUUAAACCGGUUGAUUGGUAGGACAAAGAAGAUUUCUGUUGAUUGGCCAUAUCCAUUCGUAGAAGACAAGUUGUUUGUUCUCACUCUAAGUGCUGGAUUAGAAGGUUAUCAUGUCACUGUUGAUGGGAGACAUGUGACCUCUUUUCCUUACCGCACUGGUUUUGUUCUUGAGGAUGCGACAGGCCUGUCGGUUAAUGGGGACCUUCAUGUCCAAUCCAUUUUUGCUGGUUCAUUGCCAACUUCUCAUCCUAGCUUUGCUCCACAAAAGAAUCUAGAAAUGUCAGCAGAAUGGCAGGCCCUGCCACUUCCUGAUGGACCGGUUGAACUUUUCAUUGGCAUCCUUUCUGCAGGCAACCAUUUUGCAGAGCGUAUGGCUGUCCGGAAGUCAUGGAUGUGUGAAGUUAAAAAAUCAUCUAAUAUGGUGGCUCGGUUUUUUGUUGCUCUGCAUGGAAGAAAGGAGGUGAAUAUUGAGUUGAAGAAAGAGGCAGAGUUCUUUGGUGAUAUUGUUAUAGUGCCUUUCCUAGAUAGCUAUGAUCUUGUUGUUCUCAAGACUGUUGCCAUAUGUGAAUAUGGGGUUCGUACUGUUGCUGCUCGCUAUAUAAUGAAAUGUGAUGAUGAUACCUUUGUUAGAGUUGAUUCAGUGAUGAAUAAAGUCAGAAAAGUCCCUAGUGACAAAAGCUUAUAUGUGGGUAACAUGAAUUACUACCACAAGCCAUUGCGAGAAGGGAAAUGGGCUGUGACAUAUGAGGAAUGGCCUGAAGAGAAUUAUCCACCAUAUGCAAAUGGUCCUGGAUAUGUUGUAUCAUCUGAUAUUGCACAGUUCAUCAUAUCUGAUUUCGAGAAACAUAAGUUACGGUUGUUUAAAAUGGAAGAUGUGAGCAUGGGCAUGUGGGUUGAGCAGUUCAAUAGCACUCGAGCAGUUGAAUACAAACACAGUGUCAAGUUCUGUCAGUUUGGAUGCAUAGACGAUUACUACACUGCACACUACCAGUCCCCAAGGCAAAUGACAUGCUUGUGGGACAAGUUGCAGGCCGGGAAGCCUCAGUGCUGUAACAUGAGAUGACGGCAACAUGACAUUACGAGGCAAAGUCUUAGCAGUUAUUUCAGCCGCAUUCGGUAACUCGACUGGCUGGCUUGUUAGUGCUUACAAAUUUGUUCAUUACUUCUUCGUUUUUGUUAACAUUGGCAGAGAAAGACAAGUGACGAUGGUAGUGCUACCCUGCUGCUUCUACACGCAUGUAAAGCUCAAAGAACGUAGAUCCUGUUACUUUACGACUUCUUUUUUGGAGGUUGAAGCAGCCUAAAAAUCGUCAAGGAUCAGAAUCUGCUGACUUCUUUGAGUCUCAGAUUUUGUAAUUUCAUCUCAGUGAGACGGGACAAAAUGUCAUGGCACGGAACCACACCUUGUUUCUGUGCUUAUUGUCUAUAUUGAACAACGGGAUAUAGCUAUCAAGUGCACGGUUGAACUUGCGACCUUUUGUUUUAAUUUGCUCAUGUGAAUUUAACAUAAUCUUUUCAUAUUUACAAGUUAAUUUCCUUUUGUUGACUA